AUGUUCUACAGAGCAGUAUACGGAUUGAAGAGCAAAGAUGUAACCGGUUUAUCAAUAGAAGAAGUUAAAUAUGGCACUGAUAAUCACUAUUACACAGCCGGCGUCCGAAAAACAAUCAGUUGUAAAGCUGCGAAUAAAAAUCAAAAGGUUGAAUGGAUAGAUCCCAAGGGAAGGGUCGUUAAAAGGCUGUCGACGAAUCGGGUGUUUGUGCAGGAGCACUUUGUACCGACUUCGACGUUACGCUCUCGAGUCCCGGCUCUCGUUUUGGUGCUGACACACGCGAUCGUCGAAGACAGCGGUGUCUGGGAGUGUCGAUCCGGAGACGUAAGACGGAACGUAUCGCUCUGUGUUAUCGAUCCAUCGAAAUUUGUGGAUACACCUACAGAAGUGAGUGUCGAUCGAGGGCGUUCCAUAACAUUAUCCUGCCAGGCUAGAGGGGAGCCAGAGCCGAGACUAAUUUGGUCUAGGAAUGGGGAAUUAAUCACAGAGUAUGUCUUGGAGUCAAAGUAUAGAGUUAUGACUAAAUAUAAUAGUCAAGGGUUCGAAGGGCUGCUGACUAUAAAUUCAUUGGACGCCGAGGAUAGUGGAAUCUACACCUGCGAAGCGAUUCAAGAAAGUCCUCAUGAUGCUAGCUGCACGAAUACAGAAACUUUCAACAUCACAUUACAAGUCAACUAUGCGCCUGUGUUCGCGAAUUCCAAUGACACUGAAAUUGUGUAUCAACAAGAUAAUGAGAGUGUCGAUUUAGUUUGUUCCGCGAGUGGAUUUCCGGCACCAACUUACACGUGGUUUCGAGAUUUAGGUGAGACUCUGUUUGAAUUUCCCGAAGAACGGGUUAAUCUGCAAGAUGGGAACAAAGCCGUGUUAACACUGUCUUCUAAUGUAUCGACUUCGACACAAAGGUAUAGAUGUCGCGCUAGUAACCAAUAUGGCGAAGCUUACAAAGUUUUCGCUGUACUCAAAUUGGAGAGUCCCAAAAAACCUAAUAAGAUAAUUCUCCAAGACGCCGGUCAGGACAGUGUUUAUCUAUACGUUAUGUGGAACGAAGAAAUAUUAUUCCCAGUAAAAGUAUUAGAGGUUCAAUAUGUAGAAAAAAAAAGUUUACCGAGGAGAAAGAUGGAAACUUUAAGAGAGGCCGACUGGAAAAAGUCUAAUGAUGUGGAAAUCGAUCUUGACUCUACUGAAGAAGUCGAAGCGGACACUCAAGGCUUAUACUUUAGGUUGAAUCAUUUGGAUCCCGACAUGGAGUACUGGAUACGCUUACGCGCUGUGAACGAAGCUGGUGAAUCUCCUUGGUCUGAACCGGCUUAUGUGCAAACAGUAGAAGUGAGCGAGACAGAGGCUCCGGAAGUAAAAGAAGGAGAGGAAAACGCCCAAGAGAAUGAUGAUGAAACAGGCGAGACCGCCGAGAUGGCCUAUUCCGAUUCAACAUUUUAUGGAGUGUUCUUUGUUGGUGGUAUCGUCAUACUAUCAGUUGCAUGCAUGUUCAUCAUGAGGUUGGUG